UUAUCUUUGUACUGUUAUUGUAGUAGUUUGUGUGGUUAUCUUUGUGUUGUUAUUGUUUUCAUGAUUUAGUAGCGUGUGUUCAAAUUGGUUAAGGAAAUUAGUGACUAAGUUUAACAACGACAACGGCCAGCAUGAACAAAUUGUUGGCAGUAGCAGCACUUGCUGGCAAGUGUAAGCAACUACUGAUGCCCCUUCAACAUGAUGUGCCAGUUUCGAUUUCCAGCAGAUUGAACUUGAGUAUUAUUAGUAGCUUCUGUACAUCAACAAAUCCUGUAACUACCAAAUCAGCACUACAGGAAGAGGAGCUAGACAAACUGUAUAAAAUUUUGGAGAUAGAAGUUCGAGGAAAUGACCCUGCAGUUCUAAAGAGCUAUGAGACCUUUGCAACAAUGGCAGCUCGUGAAUUGGGAAUCACAGUGGGAGAGUGCUGGUCACCACGCAAGGCACAUCAUGAGAGGCUGACUCUGCUGAAGUCAAUACAUAUCUACAAGAAACACCGUGUUCAAUAUGAGGUUCGAACAUACUUCCGUUUCAUGCAGUUCCUACGGCUCACCGGUUCUACUGCAAACACGUUUCUUGAAUACAUCCAGCGUAACCUUCCAGAAGGUGUAGCCAUGAAAGCAACUAGAGUUGAGGUGCAGCAGCUACCUCCACAUUUACAUCCCACUGCAAUUCUGAAAAGUCUUCAACAGCAGCAGCAGCAGCAACAGCAGCAGCAGCAAGAGACUCAACAGCAGUAGCUGUAAUCUUUGGUGGUUACAUGGUUUUGUAGUUGAAGUGUAUGAUGUUUGUGACAUAAUAGACAUCUUUGUUUUAAGUGUGUCAUGUCAUUCUGUGUUUAACACUCUGUGUGAUUACUGUUCUGUAGUGUGUCAUUGAAUGGAAACUUUAGUUUUGUUGAACCAGUUAUCAUUCCUUAAAGUUGGAACUAUAAUGAACACUCACAGUGUUAAAAAAAAAAAAGGUGUUGAUUGACUGAGGCCAUGCAUUAUUUAUAAGCGUGUUCUGUGUGUUCAAAUUUUUAGGCAGUAAACUGUUCAAGUGAAUUGGAACAGGGUAUUAUUUUAUCUCUCGUUACUGCAGUGGUGCUAACUGUGUUAUGUACUUUAUAUGGAUGACAACAAGUGUUAUCUAGUUAUCUGUGAUACUUAUGGAAUUGUGUCUUUUCCCACUUGAAUGUAAUGUAGACAGAACUGAAUUACAGUGUUACAGCUGCUGUUUCAUUCUGCAAAAUGUAUAACUUCAGCCAGUUCUCCGACUGGAGAGCCAAAGGCUUCAAAAAAGUACAAACCUGAUUGCAGAAAGUUAAGAGGAGUAAAGAUGAUUCCAAAUACUUUAAGAUUAAAGGAGACCACUCACCACAAAGCAGAAGUAUUGAUUUUCAGUAGGCACACACAAGAGAAGGAAAACUUGCUAGCUUUUGGAGGUACACACACACACACACACACACACACACACACACACACACACACACACACACACACACACACCUAUGCCCCUACAUAGAGCUGGUAGUUACAGCGCUAUCUGUGUAAAUAAAUAGCAUUAUUAACUGCGACUGGUUGCUGUUUUCUUCUUUGCAAAGAUCAUAUAAAUACAUGUUUUUAAAUAGUAUAACUGUGUUCAGCAAAAACCACUUCUCAUAACCAUCAGAUUUUUUACCUCCAAAGAGAACCACAGUGUGGCACAAAGACCAAGCACCAUCUACUGACACAUGUUUGGAAGAUUUCCACCAUGGUUUGGCAACCGGACCAAGUCUAGGGACAGGCAACAUAAUACCAAUAAUACAGUAGCACUUAAAACCCUUUUUUUAGAAGAGAAAUGGUUCUUAGAACAUUUUCCAUUUCCACUCCUUAAAGAUUUCAGUACUACAUCACAACAGAUUUGCUACCAGUCACUUUUAUCAGAAAGAUGGACCCUGAGUCGUAUAUCUAAAGCCAGUGCAGGUAUUUGGUAGAUGCUUUUAAGGCAUUUGCUGAAAGUGAAACAAAAAAGGGGAACAGAAUUUUAAUUUGUGAUAAAUGUGUCCCCAACUACUAAGCAUUUUCAAAUUUCUCAUGUUUCUUCUGGAUACUAAGCUCAAUAUGCACUUGUUAUCUUGCUUUUAACUGUCAGUGACCCAAUCUAACACUUCCCAAGUUACUAUACCAUGAAAAAAAAUCGCUGCUGCUCUCCAUGUAACAGAGAUGUUGAGUCGCAGAUAGGCACAACAAAAAGACUGUCACAAAGUAAGCUUUCAGCCAAUAAGAUCUUUGUCAAAAGCAGACAAAACACACACACACACACACACACACACACACACACACACACACACAGUUAUCAUCUUAUAAGAUGAUGUAAAAUAUGCAUUAAAAGUCAAAAGGUAGAAAAUUAAAAUUGAUUCCAGUAUUCUACCAUUACUGACUGAAGUCACGUGUAGAUGAGUUAGCAGUGAUUAACUUAUUAGUCAGAAAGUAUGAUCCCCCAUGUUACAGAUUACUCACUGCAAGAAGCAUCAUCUCAUUCUUUGUGAAGGAAGCAUUUUGCAUUAAAAGUUACACAUUUUGUGACUGGUUGUGGAUUGGUGAUGUACCCCCAAUUAUCAUAUUCGUGCCCUCUCUUAUGAGGUUGUUGCAAAGGUUAAAGGGGGUACAUUUUAUGAACUUAUAGAUGUGUCCAGAUCUUUGUAAGAGAGCCAGCAAUGUCUGUCCUCUCCUCCAUAUCAAGCUGCACAAUAAAAAAGUUGUUUUAAUUGUC